CUCGACUCAAUAAUAUCUGUCUGGUUCACAUAUCCUUUCACUGAAAUCGAACUUGAUUCCUCUCCCACCCUUACCUUUUUCCGCCUUUUCAUCUUUCCACUGCAAAAAGGUCCUUUUCCCUUCCAGCGGCUCCCUUUAAAGAACGACACUACAGACUUCAGUACUUCACUGCCCCAACUAAACUCGAAUCCCCCCCACCAAUUCACGAGACCCAUUGAGAAAAAACAGAGCAUCUCCUCCCAUGGCGUCUCCUCCUUCCCCUUAUCCCCUCAUCCUCUCUCUCCUUCUCCUAAUCUCCACCGCCGCCGUCACCGCCAUCACAAUCCCAAUUUCCCCCUCCUCCGCCCCAGCCUCCACCGACCUCCACCAAAUCCUCGCCCACCUCGCCUCCGCCUCCGUCUCCCGAGCCCUCCGAUUGAAAUCCACCCACCUCCACCCACAAGAUUCCUCCCCUGUUUUCGCCACUUCCUUAGUCAAAACCCCACUCUUCCCCCGCAGCUACGGCGGAUACUCCAUCUCCCUCAGCUUCGGCACUCCACCGCAGUCCACCAGCUUCGUUAUGGACACGGGAAGCUCCCUCGUCUGGUUCCCCUGCACCUCCCGCUAUCUCUGCUCCCGCUGCAACUUCCCCAACGUCGACCCCGCCGCCAUCCCCUCCUUCAUCCCCAGAAACUCCUCCACCGCCAUGCUCCUCGGCUGUAAAAACCCCAAAUGCCAGUGGAUUUACGGGCCCAAUGUCGAAUCGAAAUGCUCCGGCUGCGACGCCCCUGGAUCUUCCCCCAAUUGUACCCAGACCUGCCCUCCGUACAUGAUUCAGUACGGUUUGGGAUCCACCGCCGGUCUUCUUCUUACCGAGACGCUCGAUUUCCCGGAGAAGAAGGUUCCCGAUUUUCUCGUGGGUUGCUCGAUUCUCUCCGCCAGGCAGCCCGAAGGAAUCGCUGGGUUUGGGCGUGGGCUCGAUUCGCUUCCUUCCCAAGUCGGAGCCAAGAAAUUCUCCUACUGUUUGGUCUCCCACAGCUUCGACGACGCGCCCGUUUCCAGCGAUUUGGUUCUGGAUCUGGAUUCUGGAUCUGGGAAGAAGACGGCGGAGGUUAGCUACACGCCCUUCAGGAAGAACCCCGUGACUUCUAAUUCCGCUUUGCAGACCUAUUACUACGUCAAUCUCCGGCAAAUCGUCGUCGAGGGGAAGCACGUGAAGGUUCCGUCGGAGUAUCUGGAGCCCGGAUCUGACGGAAACGGUGGCACGAUUGUGGACUCCGGCACGACUUUUACUUACAUGGAGCGGCCGGUGUUCGAGGCGGUGGUGAAGGAGAUUGGGAAGAGGAUGGCGAAUUUCACGGUGGCGACGGAGAUUCAGGAUCUUACUGGGUUGAGGCCCUGUUACAAUGUUUCCGGCCAGGACACGGUGUCGGUCCCCGAAUUGAGCUUCAAAUUCAAGGGCGGGGCCGAGAUGAAGCUCCCCGUGACGAAUUACUUUGUGCUUGCCGGCGAUGGGGCUAUUUGUUUCACGAUUGUGAGCGAUAAUGUCGUUGGGGCGGGACUCCGAGGCGGCCCGGCGAUCAUUUUGGGGAAUUAUCAGCAGAGGGAUUACUACAUUGAGUACGAUUUGGAGAAGGAGAGGUUCGGGUUCAAAAGGCAGGUUUGUGCCUGAAAUUAACGGGUAUCCGUACCUUCAAUAAGUCAGUCCGCCGGGGAGUUCUCCGUCCAGGAAGAGGAUGGUGGACGGCGGCGGGACGGUUGCAGCAGCAGCAAUGGCGGCGGCAGAAGCGGCGGGCGUUGUAGGCUUGUAGCUGUAACGGUGGCGCGGAGUUUAAUUUUUUCUAAUUUUAAUUACUUUUCCGGUGGGGGCAAUUGAUCAUUGUUGGAAAAUACCGUUGGAUUUUUUUUAGCUAUUAAGCAAAGUCAAGAAAAGAUUGUAAGCGGGAAAAUGAGGAAAGGUUUGACAUAAUCGGGGAUUUUGUUGGAUUAAUUAUCUGGGAUUAACUGAAUCUAAUUAACGAAAUUGCAAUUAUUACUGGUCUGACCUGACACGCUGGCAUAUAAAAAGGAAUCAUGUGC